AUAAAAAUUAAAAAAUCAAAACACAAAAAGAGAGAAAAACUACAUACAUUUGUUGUAUUUAUUUAUCUUAAUUUAAAAUAAAAAUAGUGAGCGAUUAAAGCCAAAAGCAAUAGCCAACGCCGAACGAGUUACAGCCCGUUUCAAAAUCUGGGUGCGUUUUUUUACGGUACAAACAAUUUAUAUAACGGGAAAAGGACGAGACUUUCUCUCUCUCUAGGCCUCUUUCUGGCCUGGUCUCUCUUCUCUCUCUAAAGCUCUUACUAAUGGAUGCCAUGGAUUCCUAUACCUCCAAUUCCUAUGAUAUUUCUGAUGCUUAUCGCCAAUUCUGUGAUAUUGGAUCAGGGAAUCUGUAUUUUCAAGGGGAAGAAGGUUAUAGAAAAAAUGAGGAGUUACAAAUGGCUCAAUGUUCACGAGAGGCACUGACUCAGCUUUCGAAGAUGGUAGAGUCAAGACUGCAUGGAAGGACGUCUGUUUUUGAUGGAAUUUCCAAGCUUAUGUCACAACUCAACUUGAUGGUUGAUUUUUCCGAAUUCUCACGCUUCUAUGAAUUUGUUUUCUUUCUUUGCCGUGAAAAUGGUCAAAAGAACAUCACUGUAAAAAAGGCUGUUACUGCAUGGAGAUUAGUUCUUGCCGGAAGGUUUCGAUUGCUUAAUCAUUGGUGUGAGUUUGUUGAGAAAAAUCAGCGGCAUAAUAUCUCAGAGGAUACUUGGCGGCAAGUUUUAGCUUUCAGUCGGUGUGUACAUGAAAAUUUGGAGGGAUAUGAUCCCGAAGGAGCUUGGCCCGUAUUAAUAGAUGACUUCGUUGAGCACAUGUACAGGAUUUCUGGAUCUAAUAAAAAGCAUAACUUUUCAUGUAAUUGUGGUGACUCAGAAACUGAGUCUGGUGUAUGUGACAACGACUCCCUACCCGGGCUGAAAAGUCUCCCCGGCUUGAAGAGGAAGUCAUUCAAGGAGCUUGAAAAAGAUGAUUUGGGAUCCUUAAUAACAAUCUUUCCAGAUAGUACCAACUUAAAUCCUGUAAUGAGCAUAAAGAGAAACCGGUCUAUUAUUUACAGACCACCGGAAAACCGAGAGGAUGAUAAUCCAUUAGUGGAGAAUGAUGAUUUUAUGGACAUCAGUAGAUGUAAUAAUAAUACUCAGUUGAAUGCUUCUACUAAGUCACCAUGUGCAAUUGAAGGUUGUAUGUCAAAAGGAUUUGCAGCAGAAGGGAUCUUCCCAACAACACGCCCAUGUUCGCGCUUAAAACGAGAAGCACGAGUUCCCUUUACCGCUCAGAACUACACAUCCUCCUCUCCUGAAAAACUCCUGCACAGAGUGACUUAACUUUGGAAUAUUAGAGUGUGCUUGUCAUUUUUUUUUAUGUUCACCCAGUUUUCUCAUUCUUGGAAUUGUGUAUUAGUCAAUAGUGUGAGCCAUUUUUAUUAAAAGGUAAAGUCAAUAUAUAUUUUUUUUGUGUGUACAA